AUGUCACUUUCAAGGAACAGCCAGCUGCGCUACGGCUGGCUCAUCCUCCUGAGAAACGCCGCAACGGCGCGGGGGCUCUUUUCUGGGGGAUGGGGCAUCUUUGAGGAUGAAAGCAUGAAACUACGACAGCUGAAACUAGAGAAUCAGAGAGCUCUUCUAGAGAAGAAGCAGAGGAAGAAACGUCUUGAUCCCUUGAUGGUACAACCAAAUCCUGAGGCAAAGCUGCGUAGGUCAAAGCCCAAAGGGUGUGAGGAGCAGACUCCUUUAGUAGAAACUCCUACCCCUUUCCACAGUGAUGUUACAUUACAUGGCAUUGAUGGACCAGCUGCUUUCCUGAAAUCAGAAGUGCAAGAUUUGGGGACCAAACUCCAAACUCUCUCUGCUGGAUCUUCCAAAACAGAAGACAAUGCAGAUCAGGAAAAUGAUGGAGAGGCUCUAACAGACACAGCAGGCAAGCCAGAUCUGCAAGAAAUCUUACAGAAACGAGGAAUUUCAGGCAGUUUGAAUUUUGAUGAGGAGGACACAGAAGAGGAAGAAGCUAGUAAGAGACCAGCAUCUCAUUUACCAUACCCUGAAUCUGAGAGGCCUAGUUCUGCAACCAGUGAGAAAUCUUUUGCAGAAACAGGUGCUUCCUGUAGUCCAUCACCUCAGGCAGAUGCACAGCUGGGAGAAGUAGAGAACUUGGAGGAUUUUGCAUUACGCCCUGCACCCCGUGGUAUUACAGUCAAGUGUCGAAUCACUAGAGAUAAGAAGGGAAUGGACCGGGGCCUCUUCCCUUCUUAUUACAUGCAUCUGGAAAGGGAUGACAACAGAAAGACAUUCCUUCUUGCAGGGAGAAAACGAAAAAAGAGCAAAACAUCCAAUUACCUCAUAUCAGUUGACCCAACUGAUUUAUCCCGGGAAGGGGAAAGUUUCAUUGGAAAACUCAGGUCAAACCUCAUGGGAACUAAAUUUACAGUCUAUGACCAUGGAGUUAGCCCAGUCAAGGCACAAGGUCUAGUGGAAAAGGCUCAUACCAGACAGGAGCUUGCAGCUAUUUGUUAUGAAACCAAUGUGUUAGGAUUCAAGGGUCCCAGAAAAAUGUCUGUGAUCAUUCCAGGAAUGAAUAUGAAUCAUAAGCGAAUUCCAAUCCGUCCACGAAAUGAACAUGAGAGUCUGCUGUCAAAAUGGCAAAAUAAAAAUUUAGAGAACCUCAUUGAGUUGCACAACAAGGCUCCAGUCUGGAACGAUGAUACUCAGUCCUAUGUUUUGAACUUCCAUGGGAGAGUCACUCAGGCCUCAGUGAAGAACUUCCAGAUUGUCCAUGACAAUGACCCUGACUACAUUGUGAUGCAGUUUGGUCGUGUAGCAGAAGAUGUGUUCACUCUGGACUAUAAUUAUCCUCUCUGUGCUCUUCAGGCCUUUGCUAUUGGACUCUCCAGCUUUGAUAGUAAAUUGGCCUGUGAAUGAGAGACAGCAGACCUGAAACAUGGAACUCACUCCCAUCCCUGCAUCUUGUAAGAGUUCCCGGUGGAGUAAUGAAAAGCACAUUGGGGAUGGAAAGGAACUGGAGGACAGACUUUCUGCAGGCUUAUUAGAAAGCAAAUACCAGGCCACAGAGCAUUAUGGUAGUUCACAGUAGACCGACCAUCUUACGAGACUGUCCCAAGACUGAGCAGUCUCUGUAUGCAUUGUGGAAGAACAAGAAAUAUGGGUGAUGUUUUUGUCAUCGGUGUUGAUGCUGCUUUCAGAAUCCUUGUAACAGGUGCUGCAUGAGAGCGGGCUAAGGAAUUUAGCCCACUAAUUGGAACCCCUUGCAGCUAGGAUUAGAAAAAUAAUAGUUUAGUGUUCGUAUAACUUGGAACUUCCACAGUGCCCCUGGAGAUGAUGCUCCUGGUCUGAUCAGGAACUCUUGAGUUCCAGAUCAGAUAAAUUCAGAAGAAAGGAGGACAGUUAUUGGCACGUGUUCUCUUUUGCCCUGUGUAGCAUUUUGCUGUCUGUUACCACAGUCAAAUAUGGAAGGAUUCAGGUUAUGGCUCUGUGCAACCGUAAGUAAUGUUCAAGAAAUACAGAGCUGGAAUGAGACAUUGGUUCUAAUAAAACACUUUUCUCUUACUCUGGAGGAUGAUUGUCUGUUAAGGCUGAUAGUCCAGUUCCCUUUCAUUAUUCUAAUUGUUCCAUAUCCCUUGACAGUCUUUUUACCAAAUAAAGAACAAUCAAAUCUCAAACGCUUCCUUUUUAGUUGGUGAUAUUCUAUCCAUUGCUGUUCCUGUUAUUCUUAACCAUGUGAAAAAUGAGACUAAAUAGAUGAUAGAAUCUGACUAUAUUUGGCAGAAGGUAGUAUUGUAACAAUAUACAGUACUAUUCCUGAAAAGCAGUGUUCUGAUUGAUUGAAUCUAGACUGUAAGCUGGUCAGAAAUAUUUUUUAAUUUGUCCAUUGUUCAUAAAAUUUGCUACAUUUUUAGGAAUAAGUUAGUGACUGGUUUCAUUUUUUUAACAUGAGAUUAUCUCAAGUCAUGACAUAUUAAAGUAGAUUUUAU